ACUGGCAUCGGUAGACUCAUCUUGCUUGGGGAUAGUUGUUUAGUAUCGAAGUGAUCGCAGGCGUGAAGACUUGCUUACGUUGCUAUCGCGCCGGUAAUAGGUACAUAGACGAAAGCUGUGGUCUGUUUAAUAUUAUCGUGUGUCGUGUUUACAUUACAUUCUCAUCGUCAUGGGGACUAAUUUAAACUCCCAGUGGUUCAAACGUUUUGGAAAUUUUUUAACGAAAUUUGAUCAAAGCACGCGUACUUUAAUUAAAUACCCUAUCGAAACGGGCUUCAAACACGAAAUUGAAAAUGAAAUAACCAAUGGGUGUACGAGAUCUAAAAAGACCAUCGGUUUGUACAUCGUACCGAUUUCGGAAGAUAAUUUGAAAUAUCUAAAUCAAGAUGUCACCGAUGAUUUGAAACAAUUGUACGUAAAAAUGAACGAAAGCUGCGGAGAAGAACACGACAAGUACUUCCAAGUUGUGCAAAUUUGCUACACGUUGAAAUUGCCAAAUGCUAAUUCAUCCGCUAAUGAAGACCUCAAACACGAAUAUGAAAAUGUCAUAACCAACGUACCUUGGUUCGCAUUACCUUAUGAUAAUAUUGAUAAAUGCAUUCGUACGCGACAUCGUUAUGGAGUAAAAGACGGCGAAUUUGCUUUGAUAUUGCUAGACGCUUCAUCAGGAGAAUUGAUAACUAGACACGGGCACGACAGAUUGCUGGAAGAUAGCGCAGGUCUGCAGUUCCCUUGGGCACCUACUCACGUACUCCAAAUACUAGAAAAUAUUCCCAGUUACAUUUCGUGCAAUCAGAAUGAAUUUGAACUUUCCAACGAGGGGAAGAAAACAGAAUUACGAACUUUUCGCUCGUUUCGCGAUAUUGAUAGAAAAUCCAUAUUAGGCAUAUACUUCUCGGCUCAUUGGUGCCCACCAUGUAAAGCAUUUACUUCACAGUUGAUCAAAACGUAUAAAGCCGUGAGGGAAAAAGGACAUAAAUUCGAAGUUAUACUUGUGAGCUCUGACAGGAGCUCCGAUUCGUAUAACCAUUAUAUCUCAACGAUGCCUUGGUUGGCUAUACCAUAUGAUGAUACAGCCAGUAGACAACAACUAACCACUCUAUACGGCAUUCAAGGAAUACCUUCUCUAGUAUUAUUAAAUCCUGACGGUUCUGUAAUAACUGAAGACGGAAGAGGUGAAAUAAAUGACGACCCUCAAGGAACGAACUUCCCCUGGUAUCAAAAAUCGGUAAAUAUAUUAACACCGAGAUUAGCAGCCAAGUUACAAAAAAAUCCUGCCGUUGUAUUAUUUAUCGAUGGGGAAGAAGAUGGAGAAAUUGAAUUAGCUACAGCAGUACUCGCACCAAUUAGCGAAUGUGUGAAGAAGAAAUAUCAGGAAUCACUACUGUUUUUCAUAGCGAAUGAUACUGAUACCAGCGAAAGUUUGCGUGAAUUUUUGCAAUUAGAAGACGUUUCACCUCUGCUAACCCUCAUAGACAUUCCACUUGGUCGUUUAGCUGUAAUGGAAUAUGGAAAAGAAAUUACCGAAAGGACAAUAAUGAAUUUUGUAAACCGAUUCUAUAACUCAGAAUUAAGUUUUUUACCCAUCGAAAGGCCAUUAUAAGAAGUGAGGCUGGAUAUAGGAAAUGAAAAAGUGGCCUUAAUAUAGAUAUAAGAAUGUACUAUUUAAAAUAGGAAAUACCUAUCUAUUCAUUAUUGAAUUUAAAUGUACUACUUUUAGAAUACAUACCUAUCUAUAUACCUACUUAGUGCAUAGUACAUAGUAAAUCUAUAUACUAUAAGUACUGAGGAAAUAUCUCCCUGUAAGUGUAUAAAAAUAUACCAUUGCACGUUUAA